AUGGAUUCGUCUUUGUCACAUAUGAUAAGUUGGAGUGAAUCCACUAGAGGUGACAUACCGGUUCCACUCACUGGCCCAUCAGUCACCAUCUCCCCACUUCCUUCCCCUCAUCAACCCACCGUUUUCCUCUAUGGCGGAAAACAAGUACACGACCGUCGUCUGUCAGACAUCAUGUGGUCCAUGGAUCUCAGUACGAGAAUAUGGACACGUUUAGAUGCAGGGGAUGGUCCUGGUCCUAGAUAUUUCCAUUCAAUGGAUGUUUGGGAAGAUAAAUUGGUGUGUUUCGGUGGAAUGUCGAGUGCGGAAUCUACCGUUCAUAGCGAUAUUUGGUUCUUUGAUUGCCUGACGAGGAAAUGGCUGCCGCAACCGGAGGAGGAACAGGACGAAGACUUGCUGCCGUCUCCUAGAUACGCUCAUCUGAGUGCGGUGUCGAGAGGCAAGUUGAUCGUUUCUGGUGGACAACAUUCCGACAAUUCAUGGAUCUACGAAGUCAACGUAUACGACCUUCGUACUCGUCGCUGGAUCUCCAAGACGGCCCAACCCGAAAUGUCAGGGCUUCAUUCAAAAGGUGCAUAUCGAAGUGUUAUGGCGUCUUCCAAACAAAAAGUCAUCCUUCCACGUCGGAUCGAUAACAAACCCUCCACAACUCAUUCGUACACUAUCGAUGAAGAAGGAGAAGGUGGGGAUAUAUGGUGUUAUUCAAAUUACGAUUUUGCUCGAGUUCGUCGUGAACUUGAUUUAUUCACUCCUAUCGAAUCCGAUACACUUCCAUUCACUUCAGCAGAAAAACAUAUCUCUCCUCCAACUUUUAAUAUUCGUGAUAUCUCUUCAAGAAUGAGAGGAACUUCUCAACCUCCCGGAUUACGUUUUCCAACAGGGGGUAUAGUAGGGAAUCAUUUCGUUUUAUGUGGUUUAUACCUCGCUUCAACUUCUGCAGCUUUCUCCAUAUGGGCUUUGAAUUUAGAAGAAAUGACUUGGAAACAUCUAGAACCUUCAGUCUUGAUUGAUGGAAGUUGGAAUAAAGCUAUUUUAUGGCCUGAAAAAAAUCGUUUGAUAGUUUUUGGUAACGCGAAUUACGAUCUCGCUACGGAUUAUGGUAAACGAGCUGUCAAUCUUGAUCAUUUGGCUAUCAUAUCUCUAGAAACAUUCGGAAUUUAUACUCCACCAAAACUUCAAUUACCAACUUUGACUCAGGAGACGGGAUUGAGUUUAUUGGAAGAACAAUUGGUUUCUGAUUUCGAAGUCGUUUGUGAAGAUGGUAGAAAGAUCAAAUGUUCAAAACGUUUAUUAAGAGAAAGAUGGUCAUGGUUCGCUCAACAAGAAAAUCAAAUGUUAGAGAAAACAUCUUCUGUGGUUGAAGAACUUCAAUCGGUCGAUAUAAAUGAUACACUUCUUGGAUCUUAUUCACCAGCUCAAUUAGAACCUUCUCAAAUAAAUAUGCCUCAACCUUUCCCUGUUUGUGUGGCUUUUUUACAAUAUCUAUAUACAUUAACAAUAUCAACUCAAUUACAAAAUCGUGCACCGGUAUUAUCCGCUUUAUUAUUCAUGGCUAAACAAUAUCAGUUGGAAAGAUUGGGGAAAUUGGUUGUGCAUGCUUUACACGAAAGGCUAGAUCCUACAAAUGCUGUGGGUGUAUAUGAAGUAGCUUCUUUAAGUGGGGAAUUACCAUUACAAGUCAGAGCUUUACAAAUGAUUCAUUCAGCAAAGAGUAACACAGGAUCAAGAAGUGGUAGACAAGGUCCUCAAUCUGCUACGACUACAGAAGGA